AUGGGGGUCCUGGAGAAGAUUAAGGAGAUUGAGCUGGAAAUGGCUCGCACGCAGAAGAACAAAGCAACGGAGUACCAUUUGGGUCAGCUCAAGGCGAAGCUAGCUCGCCUGCGAACACAGCUGCUUGAACCAGCCAAGGGCUCGUCAGGCGCAGGCGAGGGGUUUGAGGUGACCAAGUUUGGCCACGGGCGAGUUGCACUGAUUGGUUUUCCCAGUGUUGGAAAAUCAACCCUCCUUACUGUCCUCACUGGCACACGCUCAGAGGCAGCCGCGUACGAGUUCACAACGCUGACGUGCAUUCCUGGGAUUAUUAAUUACAAUGAUACCAAGAUUCAACUGCUGGAUCUGCCGGGAAUUAUCGAGGGCGCGUCGCAGGGCAAAGGUCGCGGGAGACAGGUCAUUGCAGUCGCCAAGUCGUCUGAUCUCGUGCUCAUGGUUCUGGACGCCUCCAAGAGCGACGCCCACCGGCAGAUUCUUACCAAGGAGCUCGAGGCUGUGGGGCUGCGCCUCAACAAGCAGCCACCUAAUAUCUACUUCAAGAAGAAGAAGACGGGUGGCAUCUCAUUCAACUCCACGGGCCCUCUCACGCACAUAGACGAGAAGCUGUGCUAUCAGAUUCUGCACGAGUACAAGAUUCAUAAUGCUGAGGUGCUAUUCCGCGAGGACAGCACAGUGGACGAUUUGAUUGACGUGAUUGAAGGCAACCGUAAGUACAUUCGGUGCCUCUACGUGUACAACAAGAUCGACGUCAUGGGCAUAGACGAUGUGGACAGGCUGGCCAGGCAGCCGCACUCCGUUGUCAUCUCUGCCAACCUCGAGCUGAACAUGGACCAUCUGUUGGCGCGAAUGUGGGAGGAGAUGGGGCUCGUGCGAGUGUACACCAAGCCACAGGGCCAGCAGCCCGACUUCACCGACCCUGUUGUGCUCUCCACCGAUCGUGGAGGGUGUACAGUGCGGGACUUCUGUGACCACAUUCACAGGGGUUUGCUGAAGGAUGUGAAGUAUGUGCUGUGCUGGGGCACCAGUGUCAAGCACUACCCGCAGCGCUGCGGCUUGGCGCAUGUCCUGCGAGACGAGGAUGUCGUUCAGAUCGUGAAAAAGAAGGAAACGGAAGAGGAAGGCCUUAGCCAGCUCGGACCAGUCACCGCCCGCGAAUACGCCAUGGCGGCUCUCAGCAGCUCUAUUCCCACGUUUUCCGGCCUCCGCGCCGCUGCGCCCGCAAAGGCGACCAAGAUUGCGCCCAAGGCUCAGUCAACCCGUCGCGCUUCCCCAGUCCUCGUCGCAGCUUCCACCAGCGGCAACGACUCCGUCACGUCGCAGCAGUCGCAGCCGUCGCAGACGCUUUUUGCGAGCGUUUCCAAGGCCACAGCCGCAGCGCCUUCCGCUCCCGCUUCCUCGCCAGGGGGAGUCGUCGUUCCCGCGUUGCUCGGCGCGGGGAUCCUGGGCGGUGCGACAUUCGCCCUGGUGUCUAAGGCGGUUAAGCCGGCUGCCAGUGCGGCUCCAGCGGCGGGGAAUGCCGCUAAUGGUGCUGCUGUUUCGCGCGCUAAGAGGGCCGCGCCCGCGGCGCUAGCGACAAUGGCGGCGACAUUCCCCAACGCGAUGCAGGAGGACACCUUCAUGCACGCCGUGGCGGACGAGCUGCGCAACCUGGGCUUUAAGCGGGACAACUGCAUCGCGCUCGUCAACACGUGUCGCGACGAGGUCUGCCGCCCCAUCGUGAACCUCAUCGACAAAGAGUUCGGGCUCAGCUUUAACAUCGCGGGGCUGGGAGGGCUCGUGAACUGCGGCAAGACGGGGUUCAAGGCGGCUAUGAGCCACUCGCCGGAGUUCCCCUGCGAAACCGACGGGAAGCCUCGCGAAAGAUACAUCUUCUUCGGCUUCCCCCACGUGUCCAUUGGAGAGAGCGGCGAGGUGGGGUCGCUGCUUCGCCGCGGGCGUGGCAAGCCGUCGUCGGCGUGCGGAGCGCUGAUCGCCAUUAAAGGCGACAUCUCCGCUGGAGGCGAGAUCGAGGACGACCCGAACAACGCGGAAUACGUUCUGCUCAAGAGGAAGAUCGCCGCUAAGAUUCCCCCUGGUUCAGGAAGCCCUUCCCUGGUGCAAGUGACUCGUGCUGCCCUUCAAGCCAUCACUGACGACCUCGAGCACCUCAUCUCUCUUACAGUCGACCCCGCUACAGCGGACUACGCUGUCAUUACAGGAGUGCAGAUUCACUCUGGGAACCAGGUUCCUGGGGAGGAGUUCCGGAUUGAACGCACGUGUGAUUAUAUCGCACCAAAUGCUAUUCUUCGCACCAUCCUCGCCACAAUGAGUGCGAUGAAGUUUUGUCGCGAAUGUAACAACAUCUUGUAUCCGAGAGAAGAUAGAGAGAACCGCGUAUUACUGUAUGCUUGCAGAAACUGUGACCAUCAGGAGGCAGCAGAUAACAAUUGCGUGUAUCGCAAUGAAGUGCAUCACACUGCAGAUGAGAGAACACAGAUUCUGCAAGAUGUAACAGCAGAUCCCACACUUCCUCGCACCAAGGCAGUACGCUGCGCCAAAUGUGCCCAUGGCGAGGCUGUGUUCUUUCAGGCUACAAGUCGCGGGGAAGAAGGCAUGACCCUAUUUUUUGUGUGCUGCAACCCAAACUGUGGGCACAGGUGGCGGGACUAG